AUGAGGUGGGUGCUAUUCUUCCUUGUUUUCAUAACAUUAACAUCAGCCAGCAGUUUAUUGAGCAAAACUAUCAAUUCCGAUGGAUCAAAAGGUAUUGUUUUUUGAUAAAAAAUGUGGUUGAAAUUCAAAAAUGUUGCAUUAUUUCAGAAUUCAAAAUUGUGAAAAACAUCAAAAGAAAUACUUGUACAUGUUCUUGCAAAUGUGUGCCAGAUCUUGCUGCAAAUCCAUUCGAAGUUUCAACAACAGCAAAAUCUAUUAACAAUGAGAAUGUUGAUAUUGGACCAAGCGUUGAUCCAAAUCCUUCUGGAUCUUCACUUUUCCAAGAAAUUGUAGCACAUGUUACUGAGAAAACGCCAGCAAAAGGAGAAUUCUCAAUUGAUGAGGCCACUACAACAACUGGAAAACCAACUUCGACUACACAAGAAGCUGUGACAGCAACUACAACUGAAGAGCCGGUGACAACUCAAGAAUCCACAACAGUAUCUGAAUCCGCAUCAACUCAAGAUUCAACAACCACCGCGGAAGUUACAACGAGCCAAGUAGCUGAAGCCACCACUUCAGAAGCUAGCACUACUCAGGAAUCGACUACCACAUCAGAAGAUUCAACGACAACCCAAGAAUCUAGCUCAACUCAGGAAUCUACCACCACUCUGGAACUUUCCUCGACCACCCAAGUUUCUAGUACCACUCAAGAAGCAACUACUACAUCAGAAGCCUCUACGACCACUUCAGAAGCUACCACCACCCAAGAAUCCACUACCGCCUCAGAAGCUCCAACGACCCCACAGGAAUCUACCACAACAUCGGAAGCUAGCACAACCUCAGCAGCGACAACCACAGAACAAGCUACAACACAAGAAUCUACCACCACUUUGGAACCUUCAACGACCACCCAAGAAGCCAGCACCACUCAAGAGCCAACAACUUCCCAGGAGCCGUCUACUACUCAAGAGGUCAGCACGAUUACAGAGGAAGCUACAACCCAAGAAAUCACAACAACCACCACAACCCAAAAGCCAACUGCAGAAAACAAAAUUGCUGCGCCGGUAACUUCAAAACCAGUUCUUCUCACCAAAAAAACUGUGGCACCACAAAAAGCUAAGACUACUAAAAAAUCCACAACAACCACAACCACACUUGCACCUGUCACAGAGUUGUCAGUUGAUGAUACAACUACCGUUGAAUCAGAAAAUGAAACAUCCACUGAUGGUUUGACAACAACAUUAGAAGUUGUGAUUUCGACACAAGGAGAAACCACAACUCAAGAAAUUACUACAACUGAGGCGGUGUCUGAAAAAGCUGAAUCUACCACCGAGUCAACGACCACUCAAGAAAUCACUACUUCUACAGAAACACCUUUUACUAAAGAAGUCACUACACUUAUCACAGAAGCUUCAUCUCCAACCACCAAAGAAGUGGAAACUACAACUGAAAUUACCAGCACAUCAGAAAAUCUAACAACACCAGAAGUCUCGACCACCUCGACCAAUCCUACAACUACUCAGGAAUCAACAUCUUCGAAGCCAGAAACUACCACUCAAGAAGCAUCUACUGUAAAAGCCACAACAUCCACUGAACAGCCAUCAACAACUACAGAAAAUACUUCGGAAGGCACAAAAACCACAAUCGAGUUCUCGAAAAAUGAAAAAAUCUCAACUGAAACUUCACAACCAGAGUCUACCACUCAAGUAGCUGAAACUACAACAGAAAAACUAACCACAGGUGAAUCAUUUUUCAUCAAAUAUUUUUCGAGAUCUAACAAUCUGUUAUUUUUCAGAAGCCGCUCAACCAUCGGAAAUUACAAUAAUUGAGUCAUCAACUCCAAAAGUUUUGCCAGAAAGGUAAAACUUUUUCUCUGGCAUUGAAAUAUCAAAAACGCCUUCUUUUUUCAGAUGGAAAGAGAUUGUUUCAAAAUUGAAGCAAAAACUUGAAGUGCUCAAAGAGCAAAAGAGACUUCUUCGCGAUAAAACCUCAACAACAACUGAUGCUUCAACCACAGUUGCUGCUUCAGAAGAUGAGACAACAACUGAGGCUGCUCAAGAAAUCUCAUCGACCACUCAAGCAACUUCAACAACUGAAGAAAUAACAACAUCCACAGAUCCAGCAAGCACCACAGAAGAAAUCACAUCCACCCAGGAAUCAACCACUUCUGCUGCUGUUUCAAUAACACAAGAGACUACCACUGAAGAGGCUACCACAACAGAAGCACAGUCAACUGAGGAACCAACAACCACCACUGGAGAAGUUUCUACAUCAACUGAAUCAACAUCAACUUCUGAACAACCAUCCUCAGAAAAACCAUCGACCACUGAAGAAAUAACCACAUCUACACAAGAAACAACAACCACUGAAGAAUCCGCUGGAUUUAUCACUGAUUCCUCAGCAAGUUCAUCAACUGAAGGACCAUCGAAUGAAAUUACUGCUCGACGAGAUUUCGUUCCAAAAAAGAGUACCAAGAAAACUACAGAAGCUCCAGCAACAACAUCUUCGACCACAACAGAAGCACCUUCGAGUACUACUGAAGAAGUUUCAGAAGGGUUUGUAACCGCUGCUCCUGAAGAUGAAACCACAAUCAAUACUGCUGAUUUGUUGAAUAAGAUUACAAAUUCAUCCAAGGCUGUUGUACAAAGGUGGGUUGAAUCAGAGAUUUCUAGAAUUUGUAAAAAAAAACAUGUAAUUUUUUAGACCAGACAUCUCGAAAACUGACGCUCUAUCUUCUUUGAUUACUGGACUUAUCGGAAGUUUCACCACAGAAAAACCAGAAUUCACCACUACAGUAUCAAUUGAAAGAUCUGAACAACAAAGUCCAGACAAGCAUAUUCAAGAUAUCAUCCCAUCUACAGGUGAUGUUCGCAGAGCUCAACCAAAUAUUGAGAUGACAAAAGAAGAUGAAUUCGAAAAACGAAUCAGAGAGCAAAGAAUUCGAAUGGAACAAGCAAAACAUCUUCGCGAAGAGGAACUUCGAAUUCAAGCAAUGCAUGAAAGAGAACUCGAAGAGAAAGCACGAGCAGAAAUGAUGGAGAGAAAAGAAGCAAUGUUGAAACAACUUGAAGAAUUGAAAGAAGCUGAAGAAAGACAAAGAGUAUUACUUGAACAGGAAAGAAUUCAAGAAGCUGAGAGAGAAAGAUUGAUUGCUGAAAAACAAGCUGAACUUGAAUUUGCAUCAAUUAGAACAACUACAGAAGAACCAAAAUUGAAAUAUCGUUUGAGACCAACUCAGGUUAGUUUUUUUUCAGUGUAAAAUUAUUAUUUUUAACUUGGAAAGGAAUUCAUAAAUAUAUUGUUUCAGUGUGCUGCGAUCAACAAAUUCACUCGAGUCUUCAACAUCACCGAUCCAUCAGAAUGGAUCCAGAAAAAUUGUGAAUUCGCUAAACGUUAUUUCCCAGAAGCAUCUUGCCCACAAAUUCAAGCAUUGAUUGAAUCGUGCUUCGCUUUCCUCUAA